UUCUUUUUUUCUUUUUUUUCUUUUUUCUCUGUAUCAUUAUGAAAUAUUUAUUAUUACUAUUAUUAUUAAUAAGCCCAAUAUGUGCUAUUAAAGUACCAAAUCCAAUAUUUUGGGAACGUAGCUUUACAAUGAACAUAACUAACGAUAAUAGUAUUGGCACUCUAAUUCCUUCUACUUCCAAUAUGGUAACAUGUCAAGAUUUUCAGGGAAUUCAUCUUGACAUUAACUCUAGGAAUGCACCUGAUAGAAUUGUAUUCAAUUUUGAAGAGAGUUGCCAAUCUUCUAAUAUGUCUAUAAAUACUAUUCAACAAAUAAAUGCUUAUGGUAUAGAAGCACCAGCAAUUAAAAAUGCUCAAAAGAUAGCACUUGUUAAGAGAGGAAAUUGUAAAUGGAGUGAAAAGAUAUCAGUCGUAAAUCAUUUAGCAUUAUCUAACAAUAUCAGUAUAACAGCGGUUUUUAUUUAUGACAAUAUUACUUACGGAGAUAAUAUUACUAUCAGUAGAAUCCCAGUUACUGGUUCUGGAAGUUUAAGUCCUCCUACAUAUCCUACACCACUUCCUGCUGAUAGAUCUGUAUUGAACAUGUCUGAUAAUGACUUGGAAUUUUCAGGUCCCUCGACUACGGCUGUUUAUUUUAUCCCCUUUAUCUAUGGGAAUAGAUUUGUUGAACGAAUUAAACAAAGCUAUAAUGCUAGUAAUCCUACAAUGAGACAAUAUUGGUUACUGACUCCAUAUUUGGAAGAAGUUUCUUGGGGUUAUUCAAGUGCUGAUAAUUUCUUUGCUACUGGUCGAGGUUAUCUAUCUUACAUUAUUGCCUUAGCAGCAGUUUUCCUGAUUGCCGUGAUAUUCUUUAGAUGGUGGAAAAUUCGUCGUAUGAGAGCAGAUUAUCCAAAUGGAAUGAAUGGAACAGCCAAUAAUAAUGGAUUUCAUAUGCAACAAAGAGUAAAUCAUCUUGAUCCUUUACCAGUAGAGAUUGUAAAUUCUUUACCUAUCGAUACAUAUUCUCCUGAUUUAAUCAAAAAUGUGAACUGUGCAAUUUGUCUCGAAGAUUUUGUUCCUGGUAAAAAUGACAUACGUAUUUUACCUUGUGGACAUGGAUUUUGUGUGUUGUGUAUAGAUCCAUGGCUUACACAAAAAUCAACAAUGUGCCCAAUUUGUAAAUGGGAUUGUUUACCAACUGAAAUGCGCAAAGAAAGGAAUCUCCAACAGCAACAAAAUAAUAGUGAUAAUGCUGUUAGUAUAGACAUGACUAUACCAGGGCCUUCAACAACACUAUCGACGACUAAUAACCAUGUUCAAAAUCACACUGAUAAUAGUAAUGCAAGUAACAAUACUACUACUAUAUCACCACCAAUUUCUUCUCCUGAUCAUUCUCACGACAUUAAUAUAUCAAUAGUAACAAAUACAGAUGAAAAUUACAUUCAAAAUUCAUCUAGUCAAACAAAACUUCCUUUUGAAAAGAGCACUUAUGCAGGUAACAAUACUGCUCCUGAAUCGUCAUCUUCCUCAUCAAUACCAAAGGAUGCAACAAAAGAUUAAAAUUCAUCUUGUGUAUAUAAUUUUAUUCAAGAGGGAUAUUUAUAUGUAUCUCCUUUUCCCUAUUAUGUAAUACUAUUUCUUUAUUUCUAUUAUAUCCUUAUAUAAUCAUUUAC